AAAAUAAAAGAACAAAGUUUUACCUGUUGAAGUUGUUCAGACUGAUGGAAAGCUGAGUUGUGCUGAAGGAGGGACGAAGGUUUGCCUUAAAUAGGAUCUGUUUGUGUAAAGGAGGAGUUACUGAGAAUUCCCCACUCUGUCACACAGCAGCAUACUUACAGGUGGCAUCACUGCCUUUCACUUUACACAAAAGUGUUUUUUCCUCCUUCUUUCUCCUUCCUCCCCCUCAAGGCUAUUGAUGAUGGUGAACGUUACACCACAGAUAAUGACCCAGGUGGAAAAGCCUCAUUCUGAUGUGAUGCAGGAUUGCAAAAGGAACCUGCCCUUCCUGCUCCUUUGGUGUUUCCGGUCAUUGUAAGUCCUGGACUAUAUAAGGCAGGUGGAUUUUCAGCCACAAAAGCAUCAGCAUCCUUCACUGCUCAGCUGCUGCAUCCAAGAGAAACAAGAAACAAGAUCAUUGUGACAGAAAGUUGAAGUCAUGUUCUCCACGCUACAGAAAACCAUCAGACCAGUGCGGGCUGCCAGAAGACUGCAUCACACUGCAGUGGAGGUCCAGAAGCACCCAGCCCCAGAAGAUACGGUCACAGCCAGUUUUGGGAAGUUCAUCAGUGAAAUAAAGCCUCAGCAUUUGUCUCCGGUUGUGCUCCAUCGCAGCAAAAGGGUGGUGCUGGACAGCAUCGGGGUCGGACUGAUAGGGAGCAGGACAGAUGUGUUUGAGCUGUCUCUUCAGUUCUGCCAGCACAUGUAUGCUCCGGAUCACAUCAGCUCUGUGUACGGACGCAGAGGGAUCAGACUCUCCCCAACACUGGCAGCUUUCGUUAAUGGAGUAGCGACUCAUUCCAUGGACUUUGACGACACGUGGCAUCCAGCCACUCAUCCCUCAGGAGCUGUUCUCCCAGCUUUGUUUGCUCUCAGUGACAUGAUGCCGGCUAACAGCAAACCAAGCGGUCUGGACUUCUUACUGGCCUUCAAUGUCGGCAUUGAGAUCCAGGGCCGUCUAAUGAGGUUCUCUAAUGAAGCACGCAGCAUUCCCAAGAGGUUCCAUCCUCCCACUGUGGUGGGUCCUAUGGGAAGUGCAGCAGCCUGUUCUCGUCUCCUGUCUCUGGAUCCGUCUCAGUGCAGUCAUGCCUUGGCUAUAGCAGUUUCUCUAGCUGGAGCUCCGAUGGCUAAUGCUGCCACUCAGUCCAAGCCCCUUCACAUUGGCAACGCCUCUCGUUUGGGGCUUGAAGCUUCUCGUUUGGGGCUUGAAGCUGCUCUGCUGGCCUCUAGAGGCCUAGAAGCCAGUCCUCUGGUCUUGGAUGCUGUUGCAGGAGUGGCGGGCUUCAGCGCCUUUUAUGAAGAUUAUGUUCCUCAGCCUUUAGAGUCACCUGAUGAUGGUGGACAUGUGUUCCUGUUAGAGGAGCAGGACAUGGCUUUUAAGCGUUUUCCUGCCCAUCUGGGGAUGCACUGGGUGGCUGAUGCUGCAGCUGCGGUCCAUGAGCUCCUUGUGGGACAUGGUCUAGGACAGGUGUCCCCACAUCAGGUCCAGGACAUCCUGCUCAGAGUCCCCCAGUCUAAAUACAUCAACAGGCCUUUUCCUGAGUCAGAGCACGAGGCACGCCACUCCUUCCAGUUUAACGCCUGCAGCGCUCUGCUGGACGGUGAGGUGGCGGUGCAGUCCUUCAGCCCGCCCGCCUUGAGCCGCCCAGAGCUGCACUUCCUGCUGAGCCGUGUUCGCAUGGAGCAUCCUGAGGACAACUCCGCAAAUUUCAACCGCAUGUACGGAGAAGUCCAGGUGACUCUAGUUGGAGGAGACAUCCUGAAGGGCCGCUGUGACACCUUCUACGGCCACUGGCGCAACCCGCUGACGAACGAGAGCCUGAGCAAGAAGUUCAGAAGCAACGCAGAGGUGGUGCUGCCAUCAGAGAAGGUGGAGCGGCUGGUGGAGGUGGUGGAGGAGCUGGACAGGCUGGAUGAUUGUGGAGCUCUUCUCUCACAGCUGCAGUGAUCAAUAACACUGAACAAUAAAGCAACAAUCCUUCAGCAU